AUGUUGGAAAGAGGCCACCAAGUCAUGGUCUUCGUUCACUCGAGAAAGGACACCGUAAUGACGGCGAGAAUGCUGAUGCAAAUGGCUGCCGAGGAAGGCCGGGAUGAUUUGUUUAGCUGCCAUGAGCAUGAAGACUACACCUCGGCUCUUCGCGACAUGAAGCAUGCACGGGCAAGAGAACUGCGAGACUUGUUUGCGGCCGGAUUUGGUACGCAUCAUGCUGGAAUGGCACGAAGUGAUCGUAACUUGAUGGAGCGAAUGUUCUCUGAGGGUCUUAUCAAAGUGCUUUGCUGUACUGCCACAUUAGCGUGGGGUGUCAAUCUUCCCGCAGCUGCUGUUGUCAUCAAAGGCACACAGUUAUAUAACCCUCAGGAGGGUAAAUUCAUUGACCUGAGCAUUCUUGAUGUGAUGCAAAUCUUUGGUCGUGCUGGUCGUCCGCAGUUCCAGGACACUGGUAUAGGAUUUAUCUGCACGACACAUGACAAGCUGAACCAUUAUCUCUCCGCUGUCACUGCGCAGCAGCCUAUCGAAUCUCGCUUCUCUGCCCGACUGGUUGAUAAUCUGAAUGCUGAAAUCUCGCUCGGGACAGUUACAUCAGUCCCAGAGGCAGUACAAUGGCUGGGUUACUCCUACCUCUUUGUGCGCAUGAAACGUGAGCCCAGAAACUAUGGAAUUGAGUUUGCCGAGCUUCGUGACGAUCCUAUGCUUGUCCAAAGACGUCGGCAAUUGAUCAUACAGGCUGCUCGCGUUCUACAGAAGAGCCAAAUGAUCAUCUUCAAUGAUAAGACCGAAGAUCUCAAAGCCAAGGAUGUUGGUCGCAUUGCAAGUCAAUACUACGUCUUACAAACCAGUGUUGAGAUCUUCAAUGACAUGAUGCGUGCACGAUCUGGCGAGGCAGAUGUGUUGAAAAUGAUCAGUAUGAGCGGAGAAUUUGACAACAUUCAGUCUCGCGACAGUGAAUCAAAGGAACUGCAGCGACUGCGUGAUGAAGUUGCGCAGACUGAAGUUGCCGGAGGAAACGAUACACCACAUGCAAAGACCAAUCUUUUACUCCAAUCCUACAUCUCCCGUGCUAGGAUCGAAGACUUCGCUUUGGCUUCCGAUAUGGGCUAUGUUGCCCAGAACGCAGCACGUAUCUGCCGUGCUCUCUUCAUGAUUGCCCUUAAUCGCCGCUGGGGUUAUCAAUGUCAGGUCCUGCUGUCUCUAUGCAAGUCGAUUGAAAAACAAAUUUGGCCUUUCGACCAUCCAUUCCGUCAAUUUGAUUUACCGCAACCGGUUUUGAGAAACCUUGAUGAAAAGCUUCCAAGCACCUCCAUUGAAUCUAUGAGGGAAAUGGAGCCUGCGGAAAUUGGCCAGCUUGUUCACAAUCACCGUAUGGGCAAUACGUUGUCCAGGCUGCUGGACAAUUUCCCUACUCUUAGCGUUGAAACCGAGAUAGCCCCGCUCAACCGCGAUGUCCUUCGCAUUCGCCUUUCUAUUUACCCCGAGUUUACCUGGAAUGAUCGUCACCAUGGAACGUCUGAAUCCUUCUGGGUUUGGGUUGAGAACUCGGAGACAUCCGAAAUUUACCACCAUGAAUACUUCAUCCUGAGUCGCAAGAAGCUCUACAAUGAUCAUGAGCUCAAUUUCACGAUACCACUAUCUGACCCCUUGCCAAGUCAGAUCUAUAUUCGUGUGAUUUCCGAUCGUUGGCUGGGCGCUGAAACCCGUUUACACCGAUCUUCUCAAUCUUCAGCCCUUACCGAUUUCAGCCCUCAAGAACCCAAUCCUUGA